CUGAAAGACUAAACUGAGUUUUACUCUUAAUUAACGAGUAUCAUCUCAAGAAUUAAUUAAUUUUGAAGAUUAAUUUAAAAAAAUUCACAAUUAUUGAUUAUCAUUUUUGAGAAUUUAGUUGAAAGUAAGAAAAAAAUGUACCGAGGAAUAAUUUUUUGGCAGAAAAGUCAGCAACAAAGAGAAUCUACAAUUUUUAGUUAAUCAAAAAUUUGAUUCCUAACAUUCUGAAAUGUCAAAAGAAUCAUACCAGCAAAAAUUUUAGCCGAGAUGCAAGCUAUAGGCCGCCAGCCGUCAACUACCAACCUCCGCCGCAACAACCACCACUCUGCCGCCGCGAACAUACUUCCCGUGAUCGGCGCCUACAAAGAUGGCAGGUUCAAAGCCAGCAGAAACGAGGAAGGGUCAAAUAGGGCGAUCAAAUUGGCGGAAUCGUUGACGAACUUCAUCAAUCUAAAGAUCGAAACCGCCAGUAAUGGCAGACGGAGCAGAUUCGCGAGCAUCGAAGACAAGGCGGAGGCUCCCGUUUCGUCUCCGAAGGAAAACAUUUCCGGCGAGUGGCGCGAACUCCAUGGAUGCCGGGAAUGGGAAGGCCUCCUCGACCCGCUCCACCCGUCCCUCCGGCGAGAGAUCGUCAAGUACGGCGAGUUCGCGCAGGUGACCUACGACGCGCUUGAUUCCGACUACUACUCGGAGUACAGCGGGAGCUGCAGGUACAGUCCCCGGAAGCUGUUCUACAAAAUGUCGCUGACGAAGAGCGGCUACAGAGUCGUCAAUUACAUGUACGCGAUGUCGCGGAUCGACCUCCCGGAGUGCCUGGAGGCGUCGCGGCUGGUCAACGGAUGGAGCAAGGACUCGAACUGGAUCGGAUUCGUGGCCGAGAGUGACGACGAGGAGACGCGGCGGAUCGGGCGGAGGGACAUCGCGGUGGCGUGGCGGGGGACGGUGACGCCGACGGAGUGGUACGAGAACGCGCAGCACAAAUUGCAGCCGAUCGGGCACGGAGACGCCAGAGUGGAGCGGGGUUUCCUCAGCAUCUACACCUCGAAGUGCCCGGCGUCGCCCUACAACAGAUCCAGCGCGUCGGAGCAGGUGAUGCGGGAGCUCCGGGAAUUGGUGGAUGCUUCCAGAGAGAAGGGAGAGGAAGUCAGCCUGACAAUCACCGGGCACAGCCUGGGCGGCGCACUGGCGGCGCUCAACGCCUACGAAGCGGCGGCCACCUUCCCCGGCCUUCCGAUCACCGUCAUAUCCUUUGCCUCCCCUAGAGUCGGCAACAUAGCCUUCCGGGACGAGCUCUACCAGAUGGGCGUAAAAACGCUGCGCGUGACGGUGAAGCAGGACAUAGUGCCAAGAAUGCCGGGCGUGAUACUCAACGAAAGCCUCCAGAAAUUCGACGACCUCACGGGGACGCUGCAGGACUGGGUCUACGCGCACGUCGGGGCAGAGCUGAGGCUCGACGCGAGAGCGUCGCCGUACUUGAAGAGGAGGCCCAACCCCAUGGGAACCCAUAUGCUGGAGACAUAUCUCCAUCUUGUGGAUGGAUGGGUGAGCAGGAGCUCGACCUUUAGGUGGGACGCCAAAAGGGAUGUGGCCUUGGUGAAUAAGGACUGUGACAUGCUUGUAGGGGAGCUAAGGGUACCCCUAAUUGGUACCAGUUGGCCAAUAAAGGUAUGGUCCGUAAUUCUUGGGGCAGGUGGGUUAGGCCCAAAAGGGAACCGGAAGACAUACUUUCCCCCAUAAUGUAAAGGGUGAUUUCCCUGCAUGUGUAAACUCAUUGCUUUAUCUUCCUUUAUAUGUAAAUUUAAUGUACACUUUCCCAAAAAAUACCAACCGGAGUU